AUGGGAUCUAUAGGGAUUCUUUGCGUGCUAUUUACCCUCCUCGCCGUCAUUGCAAUAGCGUCGAAACCCUCACCAAAAAGAAAACUUUUCUUCCCUGUGCUCGCCGCUCUAUAUGCCUGCCUUUUCGUCUUUCCCACAAAAAGAGGAUUCCCGAUCGGUAUCUACGCAACAACUCUCCUUGCAUAUGCAUCGGACUUGAUCCUCUUCAGCGAGCCUCAGAUUUCCCUGAGGCGCGAGCGACAAGGAAAGCCCGUACGCGAAAUGGCUCUUUUUGAGCGUCUGUACUGGGCGGCUUCACUCGCUUGUGAUUGGCGGGGUGUUCAAUGGUCUACCGCAAUUCCAAACCUUCAACGCUCCCACUUACCCAGAUGGGGUUUCGUCAAAUCCAGGCUCUGCAGGGCGCUCACUGUCUACUUUAUCCGCAACAUCGUAUUCUUUUGCAUCCACCAUAAUCCCGCACUCAAUGGAAUCGAUAGGGAGAGCUUCGGAACGCAUGGAUUCCUUUGGCAGACUUGGAAUGUUUUCAUGUUCUGGUUCUCCAUAUGGGCAACUUUGUACAUGAACCAUUCGGUAGCUUCCGCAUUUGCAGUUGCGGCUGGCCUUUCGGAACCACGAGAUUGGCCAAAUUUUUUCGGUCCCUGGCUGAGAACUACCACUGUGCGCAGAUUCUGGGGGAAGUCAUGGCAUCAAAUGAUGCGACGCCCUGUUACAGGUGCUGGAAAAUAUCUCGCACGAAACGUCCUAAAAUUUCGAGCUGGAAGCGCUCUCUCAUCUUACACACAGCUCUACGUCGCCUUCUUAUUAUCAGGGAUAAUCCAUGCAGCAGGCGACUGGAUGGCGAUGAGAAGCAUUACGUCUGCGCGAUUGACUAUUCAAUAUUAUAUCAUGCAAGCCAUGGUAAUCACUGUCGAAGACAUGGUGAUUGCUGCUGCUAAAAAAUUCGGGAUCAGUCGCAUCCCGUUCUUUGUGUCCUACGCUUGGGUAAUAUGGUGGAUGGCAUGGAGCGGUCCGAUGUGGAUAGAAACCGUGAUUCAAGCGGAGUUUUCUGGGGGCUUGCCUUCGGUUUCUCAUUUCCAGAGGCUGUUAAACCUGUUGGACAUCAACCGCCUAGUGGGUUUCGCAAUUUAA